CUUGGUUCAGAGGAUCCCGUCCUAGGGUAAUGGCAUUUAGCUGGUGGAUGCCAGGUGCCCAGGCUGAGCCAGCGUCCCCUGUGAGGAGCCCACGGGCUGCUGUGCAAGAGAAGAGGCGCAAGGGAGCACUGUAAAUUUGUUGCCAAGAAGAGGAGCAAUGAAUUCCUCAUUUCACCUGCUUUUCUUGGAUCUUAACCUGAAUGCCACAGAAGGCAACCUUUCAGGACCAAAUAUCAAGAACAAGUCUUCACCAUGCGAAGAGAUGGGCAUUGCUGUUGAAGUGUUUCUGACUCUGGGUCUCAUCAGCCUGUUGGAGAACAUCUUGGUCAUAGGUGCCAUAGUGAAGAACAAGAACUUGCACUCCCCCAUGUAUUUCUUUGUGUGCAGUUUAGCAGUAGCUGACAUGCUAGUGAGCAUGUCUAACACAUGGGAGACCAUCACCAUAUACUUAAUAAAUAAUAAGCACCUGGUGAUAGCAGAUGCCUUUGUGCGUCACAUUGACAAUGUGUUUGACUCUAUGAUCUGCAUUUCUGUGGUGGCCUCCAUGUGCAGCUUGCUGGCCAUUGCAGUGGAUAGGUAUGUCACCAUCUUCUAUGCUCUGCGCUACCACCACAUCAUGACAGUGAAGCGUUCCAGGGUGAUUAUCAUGUGUAUCUGGACCUUUUGCACAGGCUGUGGCAUUGUUUUCAUCAUUUAUUAUGAAUCCACUUAUGUAAUUAUUUGCCUCAUCUCCAUGUUCUUCACCAUGUUGUUCUUCAUGGUGUCGCUGUAUAUACACAUGUUCCUCCUGGCACGGACUCACAUUAAGCAGAUAGCAGCUCUGCGUGGAUACAGCUCUGUGCGGCAAAUGACCAGCAUGAAAGGUGCUGUCACCCUGACCAUGCUGCUGGGCAUUUUCAUUGUGUGCUGGGCUCCAUUCUUUCUCCAUCUCAUUUUGAUGAUUUCUUGCCCCCAGAACCAUUACUGUUCUUGCUUUAUGUCUUACUUUAAUAUGUACCUCAUACUCAUCAUGUGUAAUUCUGUGAUUGAUCCUCUAAUAUAUGCUUUCCGCAGCCAGGAGAUGAGGAAGUCCUUUAAAGAGAUUAUUUGUUGCUAUGGUUUCAGAAUACCCUGUAGGUUCCCUGGCAGGUAUUAA